UCGUUGUUCUCAAUGUUUCUUGUGAAAUCGGCCCAUGGAGUAAAGCCUUGAUUAAAAGGGAAGAUGGGCCCAUAGUAAAGCCUGAGAGGAGGGUCCCGGCCCAUCGACCUCACGGUCUCGACUCUCCUCGCAGGGACACGCACACGUACCCACCCACCUGUGCACACAGCGCCGUCUUCUGGAGCAGCGUCCGAAAGUGUGUGGAGAACCUGCCCGAUCCCUCCCGCCGCCUCCGACCUCACCGUCGGCGGGCUUGUUCCUGGGGUCUGAUCAGCCAUGUUCAAGAAACCUGUUGAUGUGAAAACCAUACAGCGCUUGUCUGGGGCAGACAAAAAGAAGCUAAGAAGAACUGCCAAGGGAAGGUUUCCACAGGCUUCUGAUGCUGACCUUGAUGCCAUCCUUCCUCCCAAGGCUGAGAUAACAGUUGCUAAGUACCCGAACCAUGUUCUUGUAUAUGGCAUAGAGGGAGAGUUCCCAAUGAUUUUCAACACUGACGCAAGAGGUCAUGAACUGUUUCCUACAGUUUAUGCGCUUUGGAAGGUCCCCCAUCUGUUGCCAGCUUUUACGCUUAAAGGUGGUGAGGUUUCACGUUUCGUGAUUGGUGGCGCUGAUCUGAUGUUUCCUGGUAUCAGCAUACCUCCAGAAGGGUUUCCAUCUUUUGAAGCUGGCCAACCAUGGGCAGUAAAAGUUCCUGGUAACCCUGCUGCAAUUGCGGUUGGGAGCACAACUAUGAGUAGUACUGAAGCUUUGAAGGCAGGACUACGUGGCAAGGCUUUAAAGAUUUUACAUUACUACAGGGAUAUGUUAUGGGAUUCGGCUGAUGGUUGUUAUGUCCCUAAUGAAGGAUUUUUUGAUGACAUUGUUGUUGAAGAUCCUAAUCCUGUUUCAACAUCUCAGGCUCCUGAUUCUGCUGAAGAACCUGAAGUCACGAAUGAUGGUAGUGUUUCGGCUGAAGAUGCAGGAGUCGAUAUUUCAGACAAUCAUGGUACAAAUCCUGGCAUCCAGAUUGAAGCAGUGGAAGAGAUAACUGAUGUUGUUAACGAACUAAAACUUCCCGAAGAUAAAACUACUGAACAAGCACCUGUUGAAAUGGAACAUCAUAAUUUGAGAACUGAGGAAAUUGAUUCUCUCUUGGACAAAUGCCUUCUGCAAGCGCUAUACACAAGCAUAAAAGAAAAAGAUCUUCCAAUGCCAGGAAGUACACUAUGGGCAAAUCACAUACUACCGAACAGACCUCCUGGUGUUACUAUUGAUAUAAAAAAGUCAUCACACAAAAAGUUGUCGAAGUGGUUACAAUCAAAAUCUUCAUCUGGCCUUAUUUCAGCAAAGGAGGACAAAUAUAAGAAGGAAGUUGUAUUGCUUGCUAUCAAUCACAAGCAUCCAGACUACAUGGCCUUUAGACCGGAAAAGAGGGUACAGGAGCUUGUUGAACACGAAAAGGAUGUUGCUGAAAGUAGUGUCACUAAGCAAUUGGAGGUUGCAGAGAUUUAUAAGCCAAGUUCUCAUGUUAAACCCAUAUUUGUGGCUGUCGAAGCUGACAUGGAGAAGUAUUACAGUGCACCAGAGGCUUCAGAUAUAGUCUUCAGGUACGUCGAAAAGGAAAAAUUGGUUAAACCUACAGACAGGGCCAAGGUGAUUCUUGAUGUUACAUUAUGUGAUGCAUUGUACAAAGGGGCUAUCAAAAAGGGCUCGGCAUACCCAACUGAAAUCCACAAGAAAGACUUAGGUUCAGCAUUCUUAAACCGCAUGCAAGUUCACCACAAGGUAUCGAGAGGAACUCAGGAGGUCAUACGCAAGGGUGCCAUAAGAACUAUCCAGAUCAUGACAGAAAGAAGACAGGGCAACAAGAAGAUGACUCGGCUUUCUGGGCUCGAGUGUUUCCUGAUGGAUCCUGAUUCAUUGGCUUCUGAGCUCCAGAAAAAAUUUGCUUGCAGCACCACCACAGCAGAGCUUCCAGGUAAGAAAGGGCAGUACGAGGUCUUGGUACAAGGUGGAGUGAUUGAUGACCUUGCUAAACACCUUGUCGACCAUUACGAUGUUCCUAAAAGAUACAUCGAGGUUUAUGACAAAACAAAGAGGUAGGAAGUGGGGGCUGAUCAUGUCCGUUUAGGUGUUGGAGCGCUUGGAUGGUCUACGAAAUGAUCCCAGGAUUGUUUCAUGAUACUUUUUGUCAUCACAUGUCUGAGCAAUAUUACGACAUUGUUGAUCUACGAGUACCUUACGAUAUUUGUUUUCGUUCCUGCCUUUGGUUGAUGGAAAAUGCUAUUGUGCUUACUGAAGAAAUAUGGUUACAGGAUGGAUAAUGAGGUUUCCUCAUGCUUUUGGUGCUGCA